UAUUCCAUCUUUGAGGGUCUGAUCAGGAACGAUAAUGCCUUCCAAGCUACCCUCAUCCGUGUUGCUGCCAUACCUCAUGGUCCUCUCUAUUCUCCUCCUCUUCCUCUAUUCCUUUCUCCUCUUUCCUCUCCAUAAACCCGAAAAAACAUCCUCCCCACAACAAUCUGCUUGCAAUCUAUUCGCUGGCCGCUGGAUUCUCGACCCUCAGAAUCCGCAACCCUUAUACAAUGAGACAUGUCCUUUCCACAGAAACGCUUGGAAUUGCGUCAGAAACAAGAGGGAAAACAUGGGUCUCAUCAAUUCCUGGAAAUGGGUUCCACAUGGCUGCCGCUUGCCGCGGAUCGAUCCGGGUCGGUUUCUGGAUCUGGUGAGGAAUAAGAAUAUUGGGUUCGUUGGGGAUUCUUUGAAUGAGAACUUUCUUGUUUCGUUUCUGUGUAUUCUUAGAGCAGCUGAUUUGGGUGCCAAGAAGUGGAAGAAGAAGGGUGCUUGGAAAGGAGCUUAUUUUCCCAAAUUCAAUGUCACAGUUGCAUAUCAUAGGGCGGUUCUGCUCGCCAAAUAUGAGUGGCAGCCUGAAAAGCCCUCUGCACUUCCUGAUCAAGAUGGGUUGAAAGGAAUAUAUCGAGUAGAUGUGGAUGUUCCUGCGGAUGAUUGGAUCAACAUCACCAACUUCUAUGAUGUCCUUGUCUUCAACACUGGCCAUUGGUGGGGUUAUGAUAAAUUCCCCAAAGAGACACCUCCUGUAUUUUAUCGUGCGGGACAAGUAAUAGAGCCCCCUCUUCGGAUUCAGGAAGGGCUCAAAGUUGUUCUUGAACAUAUGGUUGCCUACAUACAAAGAGAAGUGCCUAGAAAAGCUGUGAAGUUCUGGCGCUUACAAUCACCAAGACAUUUUUAUGGUGGUGAAUGGAAUCAAAAUGGUAGUUGCUUGUUCAACAGGCCCCUCGAGGAAUCUCAGCUUGACUCUUGGUUUGAUCCCAGCAACAAUGGAGUAAACAAGGAAGCAAGACAACUUAAUUAUCUUAUUCGAAAGGCAUUACAAGGCACAGAUAUUAAGUUGCUUGAUCUGAGUCACUUGAGUGAGUUUAGAGCAGAUGCCCAUCCAGCUAUUUGGUUGGGAAAGAAGGAUGCUGUGGCAGUCUGGGGUCAAGAUUGUAUGCAUUGGUGCCUACCUGGUGUUCCAGACACAUGGGUUGAUAUAUUAUCAGAAUUAAUCCUAAAUACCUUUUGGUACGAGGUGAAGAAUUACACGAAGAAUACUACAAUAUAGCAUUCGAUUUGAAAAUACUUACGAAGUUGAGAGGAAAAUCCCUAUUGCAUUUUCUAACACGUACAGAUGAUCUGAAAUGUGGAGUUUUGAUUAUCAACCAUACAAACGCGGUGCCUCGCCUUGCUUCUCUGGAAAAAGUUGUAGCCUUAAAAGUGGACAAAAGUAUUGGUAGCCUUUUUCCCUCGAAAAGGAGAAGGAGCUGAUGGCAGAAAUUUAGCCAAUUGUAACAGGUAUAUGUAGAUUCCUUUUUUUACUGAAAGUGAUAAGAAAUUGAUGAGGAUGAGUGAAGUAUUCUGAGGAAGAGUUGUUUUACCUCAUUCAUGUUGCAUUCAUUCUUUUUGUAAAGAAGUGAGAUUUGAACUUGAAGCAAUCUUUCAAUUACCACAAUUCAGGCA